UGUCAAAAUUGCCAACAUCAUUGAACAUCAUUUACAAGUGACGUGUGAUAAAUUCCUAAAAUUUUUUGCUCUAUUUCAAAGUUGUUGCUACCUAAAAUGAAAUAAUUGAUAGACAUUUAAUUGGAAAAACUAUAACGUAAGUGAAAAGCAGAGAGACAGACUAUGGUAGUCUUAGAAGGAGACAGCGGUGAUGGCCAACCUAUGUCGCCUGACGAGGACUCCAAACUGGAAACCAAGCUGUCUAGUCUUCUAUCAUUAGAAAUAUUCCGUGUGAUCAAGGAUGCUCAGCAGCAACAUGGUCUCCGCCAUGGGGACUACCAGCGCUACCGUGGCUACUGCUCGCGCCGUCUCCGGCGCUUGCGGAAGGUGCUCAAAAUUCCUCAGGGUGACAGACGUCAUUACCGCCGUCGCGACAUCACGGCCACCCAUCUGACUGGCAGCAACUCUGAGAGCCGCUUGCUCUGUGUGCCACUGCUGCAAGCUGAGCGUGCAUGGGCUCACGCCAUGCAAUUGAGACAGGAAGCCAACACUGAGCCCAGGAAGAAGUUCCAUCUUGUUUCCAGGCUGAGGAAAGCAUGUGGCCAUGCGCAAAUGCUUCUGCAGCUUUGUGAGCAAAGCGGCGCGUGCGACGCUCGCACACAGCUGGAGGCGGGCGCGUACGCGGCCUGGCUCGGCGGCGCGCUGCUGCUGGAGCUGCAGCAGUGGCGCCCGGCCGCCGAGAGCCUGACGCGCGCGCAGCUCGUGCUGGAGAAGCUCAGCGCCGCGCUGCCCGAGGACGAGCGGCUGGUGUACAAGCAGAAGGUCGAUGAAUUGAAACCAAGUCUCCGCUACUGCGCCUACAACAUCGGCGAUGAAUCUGCCGCGGGAGACCUCGUCGCCAUGCGAGGCCAGGGGCUCAUUGAGAACUUGGACACCCUUAUGGCUCAAGCUAAGGAGUCUCGUUCUGGAGUGAUGCAUGAAGUGGAGUGGCGCGGCCGCCGCGUCACCGUGCGCCCGGAAAAAGUCAGGCUUUUCCUCAUCGCCUUGCAGGACUUGGCCAAGUCAGUCGCCGGCGCACCGACCGUCCAAGCGAAGAUCGAUAUCCUCGAAAACAUACUCAUGGACUGCAAGGACGCCAUUACUGCCAUCAAGGAAGAGAUAAAGAACGAUCCCAAACUUAAAACAGCCUCAGAGAAUCAACAAAUGUCCAGCAUCAACUAUUUGCUAUCGUAUCUGAUGUAUCUCCGUCUCGUUCGCACUAUCGAGAGAAACAAUUUGUUGGUGCAACAAGCCGAGGAGGCACGCAAGAACAACGUUCAGAUCGACGGCAAGAAGGUCCGGCCUCAGGACUUGACGAGACUUUACGAGAUCAUUCUGCAGAACUAUGCUGAGCUGCAACAGUUGCCGGGCUUCGAAAACGAUACAGCCUACCAGAAGGAGAUAGAGACUGAGUUGAAAGCCUACAGGGCGUUCAGGUGCUAUUAUAUCGCGCAAGUAUUGACAGGUCUUAGACGAUUCAGGGAGGCGCUUGCUAUGUUGGAGCGAUGCAGCACUUAUACGACCGAGUCUUUGGCUAGUAAAUUACUGGACAAGCAACUGCUGGAAAAAUUACGGGUGUUGCAAAAGGACAUCGAGAGCUGCAAGUUUGAAGUUCACGCCGACUCUGUUCUGGAAGAUGACGACGAGGAUGAGGAGUCGAAGUAUACCAGCGGAAAGUCGUUCAAGGACAAGAAGCCACUCGUGGACCGUUUGGACGACUACCGCGAGGAAUCCCAAGUUUUAACGAAAAACCCGAACAUCUUCAAAAUGCCCCCACCGAUGGAAGCUGUCCCUUGUAAACCUCUGUUCUUCGAUUUGGCGUGCAACUUCAUAGAGUUCCCCAACUUGGACGACAAAACGGGUGUCGCGAACAAUAAGAAGCAAGGUGCUGGAAUCACUGGUCUUGUCAAGGGUUUCUUAGGAUGGGGUAAAAGUGACAAGUAAAACAAAAGUCCUAUCCUACAGCACAAGUAGCCAGAAAUACAUUUUAUGAAAACUA